AUGAGACAGAGCGGCGCCUCCCAGCCCCUGCUGAUCAACAUGUACCUGCCAGAUCCCGUCGGAGACGGUCUCUUCAAGGAUGGGAAGAGCCCGGGGUGGGGGCCGCUGAGCCCUGCGGUACAGAAAGGCAGCGGGCAGAUCCAGCUGUGGCAGUUUCUGCUGGAGCUACUGGCGGACCGCGCCAACGCCGGCUGCAUCGCGUGGGAGGGUGGCCACGGCGAGUUCAAGCUCACGGACCCAGACGAAGUGGCUCGGCGCUGGGGCGAGCGCAAAAGCAAGCCCAACAUGAACUACGACAAGCUGAGCCGCGCGCUGCGCUACUACUACGACAAGAACAUCAUGAGCAAGGUGCACGGCAAGCGCUACGCCUACCGCUUCGACUUCCAGGGCCUGGCCCAGGCCUGCCAGCCGCCGCCCGCGCACGCCCACGCCGCGGCCGCGGCCGCGCAUAUUCAGAGCCGCGGCCUCUGGCGUCCUGGCCUCCACCUUCCCCUGCGGGACAGGGGCGGCUCUUCCUCCGGCCGCGGCGCGGAGCGGCGAUAA